UGACGCCGUGGUGUUUACAUCGUUCAUAUGAUUAGAGAGCGAAUGUAAGCUAAGAAAAUAUAAACUACAGGAUAAAAUAUCAUUUCUCUUUCACAUACUGACCGCAUAAUUUGGCUGUUGUCGUAUGUCAAUGGGCGGUCACGGGGUUUUGGGGAACGAACCCGGGUCUAUUGACUACUCGGUGCAUGAAGCCUGGAAUGAGGCCACCAAUGUCUACCUGCUGGUUAUACUGGUCAGCUUCGGCCUGCUGAUGUACGCCAGAAAAAACAAGAGGAAGAUCAUGCGUAUUUUCACUCUGCCUCCCACCGUCGGCAGCAGCCCAGAGCCCAACUUCUACGACAGCCUGCAGAAGGUCCGUCUGCGGCAGCAGCUGGAGAUGUACUCUCUGGCCAGGAAAUUUGAGCAGCAGCAGGGCCAGAGUGACAGCGUGCAGCUCUCCAUGGAAUGAGAACAGGAAGGAGCCCAUCAUCCCUUUCUGUCUGUGCAAAGACUCCUGCGUAAAACACCAGCCCUCUGUGCGCGGAUAGGAAGAGACCUGGAUGACUGUCAUGAUCAGAGAACAUUCAGAUGACACUACUCUCAUCCCGGUUGUUUCUGUUUGCCUCCUCAAAUGAGAAGCAGUGUCAUUCACCUUCUGUUGUGUCUUCAUCGUCUGUAACGCGUGAAAAAGGUACACACAGCCGGAUGGAUGAACGGAAGAAGCCAAAAGCAUAGAGAAGUGAGGCGUCCAGCAGUGAAUGGGUAAUAAUAAACCUAAAACUGCAGAUGUCACUGAGAUUCUUUGAGUAUGGCGUGAUAUAAAAAUAAGUUCACCAUGAAGAUUUUUUUUUGCACACUUUAACGUUAACAUAGGUUCAAGUUUGAUUCCAUUUGUUUUUUAGUUUGUUAAAUGUUUUUAUGACUCCGAAAUAAUGAAAUGUGAAAAUAAAGGCACA